CUAGUUCAAGGGUUCAGCAGUGACCAUUGCUGAAAACCUCACUCCAGCAGUGCUCGUCCAUAGGAAACCUUAUAUGCUUACAAUCAGCCAGCUGAAUUGCACCUUAUCUGUAAUUGUAAGUAACCUGCUCUAUGUGACCUGUCCAAGUCAGGUAGCACUGCAGCAUUUUUGGAUGGGGAUGCUUACAGCCUCAACUGAGUCUGACCAGUGCCUGCUAGGUCAAGGGAAGCAUUGCUCAGGUAGAUUUUGAGUCUGCAAGCUGUUCCAUUUGUCUGUGCAUUUGGAAUAUGGACGUCCAUGGGGGACAGGAUUACCAAUGGAGUAAAUCUUGGCCCUCUCCAAGUACAAAUUUCUGUGUUAUUACUCUUUGCUUUCUUCAUUUGUUCAGGGACAAAUGUCUUCAUUGAGCUCCCAGACAGUUCUUUGCUAUUUUGUUUGGAAAUAAUUUGCAAACCUUUGUUAGGAAAGCAAACUGAGACAGGAAAUGUAGCUAAAACCAUGAGGGUGCAGGUACUGGGUUGGGUUGUAAAAGCUCUGCUUAGACAGCUUCUCUGGUGGAAGUCCAUAAGAAUGUACACAAAUUCAGCAAAAACCUUGUUUCAGGUUAUAGUUUUGAAGUAGAAGUUAUUUUCUGGGUCCUCUGGAGACAUUGAAAUAUUUUAGGGAAGAAUUGGUUGCAGUUUAGUUCAGUUUUUCCCAAGACAUCUCUUUAAUGUUUAUUCCUUAGAUAACACCCCUCUGCUCAGGUCACAACGCAGGGAGUCAGUGGUUCAGUAUCUUUGGCUAAUUCUAUUUAUAAUGUUUGUUUUGUCCCUCCAAGGAGGUCAUAUAAUUAAAAUUAUGAUUUCUUCUUGAUGUCUCAGAUGGAACAUGCAGUUGUAGAAGCAGAAUAUUGUUUUUACUGCGGUAUUGACAGUAUUCAUAAAAGUCUGUGGUACACAGAUGUACACUGCUAAGCUAAUCUAGACAACAAAUCCCUUAUGAAAGAUGGUAGGGUUUUUUCCCUUCUCCCACAAGAAUUGCCUUCCUGUGGUUGGGAAAUGUUUUUAUAAGGGAAAUAGGGAUGGGUAAUCUGAAUAGGGAGCUCACUCUGUCUUGGAAUAUUGGUCAGUAUCUGCUUCAGCAAUAAAAUAACAUUUAGCUAGACUGAGAAUUUCCAAAGGGUCUGGAGAAUAUUGACAGCCUUGCAUUAUUUAUUUUUGAGGAUGAAGCUAUAGAGAAAAAGUGGUUUUAUUUUCUUCUCUUGGUAAGCACACACAAAAGCUUCUAAAUUUUAGGGAAAUUAAAACCAAUAAAUUAACAUUUUAAUAUUUUUUAAUCUCUGUUCUGAAGAUUUUGAUAUCCCUAGAAUGAUAAUUCUUCCCUCCUGAAGCCAGUGUCAGAAUGACCAGUUCUAAGAAAAGUUCAGCCCCUAACAAAGAAGGGAAUUCUGUCCUGCUCCAGUGAUUUGUUCUCUGUGGGUUUGGAACUUGUGUGAGGUUGGUUUUUGUCUGGGUGCUUUGUGGGGCCAUUGGAGGAUUACCUGGGAAUUCCUGUAGUGACUCUAAUCAAGCCAUGGGACAUUCAGUUAGAGUCACAGUUCCUCUGGAGAUGCAGAGAAGUCCUAGAUGUGUGUUCAACUCAGAUGCACCAUGAGUGCGUAGGAGGAGAGUUUUGCACAUGGCAGAGAAAUCCAGCUUGCCUAAGACAGAGAACUUGGCAUCCUGUCUGACCUAAAUACUCAGUUUGUUUUCUGACAGAAAAUCAUAAAUGGCAAUGCAAGAUGUAAUUAAAGCUUUCUUCCCAUAUUCAAUUUCCAGUGUAUCAGCUUCUGGAGGACCUAAGUAGAGAUAAUGGGGGUGGGGAAGGGACCACACUGCAGUAGGCAACAGAUGGACCAAGCCAGUCUUUACCCUGUUACAUGACUAAUUGCAGAGCUAUGAUUUAGAGAUGGAAAAAUGUGCAUGUUAAUCUAGAAACCUUUUUUGUCUGGAAAAACCUCCACAGAUUCUUGAGAAGCACAGUGCAAAUCAUGAGGACAAUUUGGGAUUCCUGUUCUAGGUUUUUUGUUCUGAAAGACUUGGUCUGCCCUGAGCAUCAGGAAAAUCUGGCUACCCUAUUCAAGGUGUAUCUCAGCUGGCUCUUUGCUGAAGCUAUUUAUGGCUUUUGUAAAUGUUAUUGCAAUGAUAAUCUACAGUGUGUUCUCACAUCUGCUCGAGUGUUGAUUAGUUUAUUGUUUUAUGUAGUGUAUUAAAAGCUUUUCUGUUCCAUUUGAACUGUAAUUCAAUCCUUAGGAUGCCCCACAUGUAAGGCAGAGUUACAGAGCAGGAGGUUAGGAUCUGGUAUCCCUUUCCUGCUGUGUUGCUGCCUUGGUAUAUUAUCUGUUUGACAUCUUCGGUAGAUGAGUGUCUGAAAAGAGAGUGAAAGAUGACAAAGAGAUUUUGUUUUCUCAUCUUCUGUAUUAGGCAUCUCACUCUCCUUUUACGGUGGGUUUUUCUGUUUCAGUUUGUGUCUCAGCAGGAAAUAUUCCAGUUAACUUACGUCACAGAUGUACCUUGUUGAAGAUCACAGCUUGUUUUGCCAGGCACUGCUACAGUUUUCUUAUGUGGAAUUUUUUUUAAAAACAACAAUGCCCUCUCUUUUUGCAAUUUAGUAUAAUAAUGCUGGAACUCUGUACUACUUGAAACUCUGUUUAUGGUCAGUUGCACUGUUUGUCUCCAGCCUAUUGCUCAAUUCCCUUCCAGCUGUAACCCCCGUUGUAUUUUCUGACUGCUAAAACUGGGGCUGGUUUUCUCCUCUGCUGCCCAGUAUCCUUUCAGUCAGUGACACAGUUGCUCACUUGGAGAUUCAGGCAGGCACAGUUCUGUUCAUGACUUGAACAGGUUUUUACUUCUGCAGGAUGAUAAUCUUUCUAUUGAAUGUUGGCAUGUGCGCAUGCUCGAUGCAUUUCUGUUUUAUUCAUAUGUAAAGAUGCUCUGCCAGUAUCACUGUGGAACAUCUUGAUUUUUUCUGGAAGAAUGGCAUAUUUUGCUGAGGUUUACAAAUUAUAUUUAAGUUGCUGUAUAUGUGAUUCUUCCUUAGCUAGCUGAUAAUGUAAAGUUUUAGUCUUUUAACUAACAAAAAGAUUAUUUUUCUUUCAAUGAAAACUAGUGUUGAUGGCACUUUGCCAGGUCAACCUUGGAAAUGUUUUAUCCUUGAGCAGUAUUCAGUCACUUGUAGUCAGGGUAAAGAUACUUUUUUUUUAAUGGACUACAGUAAUAUCUAUAUUAUGAGGCAAUAGUGGUUCAAUAUUGCACUGUCUGUUCUUUCUAAACCCAUAAUUCAUCAUUCUCUAAACGUCUUGCUUACAAUAUGCAUUUCAGACAAAAUACAAUCUAACAAACAAGUGCAAAAAAAGCUUAAAUAUUUACCUUUAGAGGUAAUAAUAACUGUCAUACUCAGUUUAGGUUCUGAUGGAUUUCUGCUGUUGGACAAGCUGUUGUGUUUAAAUGUUGAGCUUCCUUAAAUUACAUGUUACUUACAUCUUGUCACUGUGUUUGAAUCACUUUGAUCUGUAGUUCUACCGAGGAUUUUGUUCUCUACUUUGACCUUUGUGCUGCACUUCAGAGCUCUUUACUUUGUCUAACACUACAGCAAGUGAGUGUAUUUUGAAAUGUUGCCUUUAGUUUUUUGACAGACUUCAUAUGUAUAGUCUCAGGUGCUUCCAAAGUGCUUCUGUAAAUGGCUGGUUCCCCUGAUAGUAAUUAUGCACACUUUGGAUACAACUGGCAAAAUGAACAAAGCCGAGUGGGAUGGAGUUCAAGACACCUGGCAGUGUCACCUUUCUCCCAGUGCCAAGGGGACAUGUGACAGGUUCACCUGCCCCACUGCCAGGAGUGGGGGGGAGCUGUGGCUCUUACUGACUCUGCCUUUUGUCAUUUCCACCUCUGUCACAGUAUGUGUGUCCUGUCUGGGAAAAUCCCUCUGAAGAGUUUCUCAAGAUACUGAAGGUUAAAUAAAGGCACAAAAUCAAUCCUUCUGGAAGGCUUGGGAAGUGAAAUGGAACAUAAUCACCUUACAGUCAUUUUAGGGAUUAUUUUAAUUUUUUCUUGUUGCAUUUUGUUGUAUACUGCUUCAUGCAGGGGACAUGACACUAGAAAGAGCUAUUUGUCUUCUGUUGUAAUUUACCUUCUUUCUGCUAGAGGGGGAAGAACAGAUAGAUGAUACAUUUAGGGGGAUAAUAUGGAAUGUCCUCUAGAAAAUUUCAUACUGGUUUCUGCCACACAUGGUGCCUUAACACACAAAAUAAUUAAAAAACAAACAACAACAACAAAAAAGAAACAAGCAAGCUAAUGAACCAAAAAUGGAGUACUACUUAGGAUAUUUUUUAAAUUAAUGCAUCUUAAUUUUUCAUAGUAAUUAUUAAAGCAAGAGCCAUUUGUUGUAAACAAAUUUCCCAUCUCCCACUGUAAAAAAUGUGGAAUGUCUUUCUCUUUCUUCUGCUAAAACAUCUGGGGCUCCAUGAAAGCAGCCUGUGGAGAAAUUAAAUGAAAUGAUACAUUUCUGUGUUGUCAGAUGUCUGUCAGCUGUUAGUAAGAAGAAUAUGAAAUAAAUCCUUUAGGCUCUAACUGCAUGACUUACCAUAGGAUUAGGGAUAAAUGUGUAUCAAGUCUGUGUUUUAAAUUGACACCUUCUCCCAAAUGGGGAAAAAAAUUGGUGGUAGUAAUGUUAGUGAAGAGGUCUAUAUUAUCUAGAGAUAAAAGUAUGCAUAUUUCUAUCUGUAUAAGUACAUCCAAAAUACACAGGCAUAUAGACAACAUAGAUGCAGCAUAGAUGUAAUCUACCUAUAUGUUGCAUAUGGAUUCUAUAAGGAUGUGAUAAUGCGCGCACAGCAUUUUCUUUCUGUCCAUAAAGACUCACUUUUAUUUUUUAUAUUUAUAAUGCCGUUAUUGUAAUGCAUUUGACUUCUACUUAUUAAAGUAUUUGCAUGUUACUUGGUAAGCUGCUCAAAAAUUAUAGCAGAUGUGGGAGUAUUGUGCUCCUUUUUAUUAAUGGGUAGGACAGUUGGGAAAUAAAAAUCAGUUCUAAGUAGGCAGUUCAUCUUCAGAGAAUCCUAGUUUUUUCAUUGUCUACAUUUGUAAUGGAAAAUAUGGAAAUAAUUUCUCUGACUUCAGCUGAAGAAUAUAUGAAGGGGAUAACAUAAGAAAUCUGUGAUAAUCUUAUGUACACAACUCUCUAACAUGAUAUUUAAUUUUUUCAGUCUAUGGCAAGGUUACGUUUCUUGCAGUUUGCAUAAGGUGCUCCAUUAUAUUGUCUUCCUUAAACCUUGCAAAAGAUCUAAUUCGGUGAAAAAGUUAAAAAAAAAAAAGUCUCUUAAUUAGUUUCUCCUAGUAGUUUAAAACAUGGAAGAAGAAGUGGAGAUUGGGGGAUUGUUUGGUUAAUAGUGUUGUUAUAGAUAUAUUAAAAUUUGUGCACAAAUAAAAUAUAACACUGAAAGAUAUAUACAAAUAUAUAUAUAGGUAAAGGUUAUGUUUCAGGGUUUAACACAGCAGUGGCACUUGGAAUCCUAAAAAUCCUACACAGGAAUUGAGACAUCAGUUUCCUCAUCAGCUUGUAGCUCACACAGAUGUCCACUGAAUAGAAUCUCUAAUUAGCAAGUAAAGAGGAGUUUUCCCUAUAGAAGUUCUGAAUAGAUUUUAAGAACAUCCGAGCCAUCAUGGCCCUUAGCGAUUGGAGAUAAACCGGAGACGAAAAAAUUCCCGUAAACUGUGUUAUGUGUAUUCUGAGUUCCUGUAAGUCUGCUAACAUGUAAAAGGAUUCCCGUAAAGUGUAACUAGCAUGUAAAAGGGGAUUCCUGUAAGCUCCAUUAUACAUGUAUGUGUUCUCGGCUGUGCAAUGCUGCACUAUCAAAGUGAGAGACAGAAGCCAACAGCCAACAAGAGGACUACAUGAAUAUUCCAGGAGACUCCAGAUUCGGCACUGUUUACCCAUCUGAUAGGAUUCUUCUACACCGGAGAAACAUUGGAAAGCUCGUCAAAAGAAGAAAAGGACAAAGGAAAAGUAGCUUCAGGCAAGAAAAAGAGUAUAAAAACGGGACUCAUUGGACAGACUUCGUGAACUCACCAGUUCUGAUGCGCCUGGGGGUCAGCACUGCGUUCACCCAGAGUUGCGACCUGGGCUCGGCUCUGUUCCCUUGAUUCAUUGCUGACAAAAUUUACGAUCCGAUUCGUGAAAUAAAUUAUAUUUUUGUUGCCCAGUAAUUUGGCUCUCGCAAAUUAUUUGAUUUGGCAUAAUUGGGCUAUUUAUCUAUAACAGCGUUAUAGGUAAAAAUUGAGACAGCAAAUUUACUACAAAAAUAAAAACUAGAAUUUAUUUUGCAACCGCUAUACAUUCCCGAUAGCCAACAAUCAAGGGACAGGGCCGAGCCUGGGAUCGGAGCUGAGUGAACGCUGGCCUGACCUCUGUUGCAUUAAGCCCCCACGGUUCACGCAUGCUGUGUGGCAGAGUCCGUUUUUAUACUCUUUUUCUAGCCUGAGGCUAAGUUCAUUGUCUUCUUUCAGUGUCCUCCAUAUUCAUGUUGGUUUCUGUGUCCUGUGCUGCAUAAAACCUUGUCCAGGAAGCGAUGUGUGAUAUCGAAUCGGGCACUCAGAUGUCUGUUCCCGAUGGCUCUGAUUAUCUGCACUGGACAUCUUCAUGGGCCAUCAUCACUGGGUGGCUCCUGGUCAUUCCAGCGAUGAUAGUUGUCUCCAGUGCGGGCUAGGUCCUGUUCAUAUGUUAAUUCCUUUCUCUUCCUCUGCUGCCAGCUGCGAUUUUGCCAUCCUGUGUGGCCCACCACAGACUUUUAUUAUUGUCUUAAUAAACACCAAUAAAAACCUGACUAUGGUGUUUAUUAAGAUUUUUAUAGUUUGGACAUAUUUCAUACACAUACGGUUUUAACCAGCAUGAAUUACUAAAUUACUCAUAACAAUAGGUUGGUUGGUUUGAUGGUGGAUAUUUUUUCAUCUUUUUCAAUGAGUUCUGAUACCAUUUACUGUGCAGAUACACGUUUGUGUCCUAUACAGCAGAGCAGAUCCAAGAAAAUUCUUGGUAGGAAAAUUUGCAAAAUGUACAAUGGGUUUGCUGGUAGGCUUUAGUAAUAGAUCACAUUUUUCACUGUUAUAAAUGUAAUUGCCAAUUAAGCUGAAUCAAUAACUUGUGAGAGUCAAAUUAUUGUAAAAUGACAAAGUAUAAAAUUUAUUUCGCGUUCGAAUUUUCAAUUUAAGCCAGCCACAAAUAAAAAUGGACAGAGUCAAGCCCGGGACAUUGGCUCUUGGGGACACACGUAUGCAGCUCUGAGCCCCUGUCGCAUCAGAGUGGUAGUGGCACAAUAUGGCCAUGUUCAGGUCCAGUUUUUAUACUCUUUCUCACCAGAGGCAAGGAUGUCCUUUGUCCUUUUCAUAAUCAAGGAAUUUCCAAAGCUUCUCUGGUCCAAGGAUAAUACUGUCAGAUGGGUAAACAGUCCAGUCUCUGGCGUCUUGGGAAUAAUUCAUUGGUCUAUUGUCUUCUGUUAGACAAGUCCUUAAAGAUCGCAUUACAAUACACAAACCUGCCCGGGAAGAUAUACAUGUUAAACAGUCUGUUACCGGCAGUCCUUUACAAGUUAGUGGAUUUCCCAGGAACAGACUAUAGGUUCAGCAAAUUAUCAUAAAAUAUGCUAUCUCUCCAGCUAUCUGUGGCCAGGUGUGCCACUGGUGUCUUAUUCCCUGAUUUAGUUAAGAUUCCCAGUUCCUGUGCUGUCUGCUCUUCUUCACAUGUAAAUUUAGCAAGACAAUAGGUGGUAUGUGCAGAACAACUGGUUUCCCAAUCCUGAGAGUUUUUUGUAAAGGUCCCAUCUCUUGGCUCUGGUAACUAGCCUGGGCAUGUUUCCUUUAGCAGUUUUCAUUUGGACAGUGUAGCUAUAAACCUUUAAUAUUCUUAUAACAGCGCUAUGUGCCUAUAACAAAUCCAUAUUUCAGUGCAAUCAUAAUACUAGAUUUAUAAUUAUACUAUAUUCAAUAUAUUUAUAGCAUAAUACUAUUUUAUCUGCCUAUGAAUUUUGACAUAUCUAUAACAUCACUAAGCUUUACAGUACUUUCCAUGUGUAAAUAUAUUUUCUUUAAUGUAUUCUGGCCUAGAUGUUGUGUCUCAGAUGAGAGAAUUAAUUAGAUGGGGAAUUCCAGGGCUGGAUUAUGUCAAGGACAAGUAAAUCAACUUCUCUUCAGUUGAUGCUAAGUUCUUUUUAAGAUUAGUAUAAUUAGUCUGAUUGUACAGGUAUAGAAACUGAUUUGGAAAAGCAGAGUUACUCGCAUGGGUUUGUAGGAGCCUUGUGAAGCACAACUGGGGCUGUGUGAAGGAGGAUGCCGCUGGAACUGCAGCCCGGGUGUCUGUGGGAGCCAAUUAAACAUCUCCCUUGCCAUAGGCCAGACAGCUCCAGAACCUUUGCAGGUCAGCUCUGUGUGUGGCAAUGUCUGCUGCACUUAACAUAAGGCUAUUACUUGAACCACUGUGGAUCCCCACUGUAAGUUCAUGCCCCCUUUACCGUGUUUAGAUGUGCCUGAGAUUUUUCUCUUUCCUCUCGUUCCACUUUCUCAAGACAAGUUUUGAUGUUGUCCUCGACAGCUGGUAACAUUGAAGAAACGAGUGAGGAGAGGGAUUUGAGGCAAGUGUUGUUUUGUGUCCAUUGAAAUGCAAGGGACUCUUAAUGUGUCAGGAUGUAGGAGCUGGAGGAAAAGUGGAGAAAUGUGUGAGCAGAGGUGAAGAACUGUCAUUGCUCUCCACUACUGAAUAGGCAGAGUAGGCUGAUGUCAUUGCCAUCGUAGGAACAAAAAAAACCCCAGAGCGAUGCUGGGCUUGAUUACAUCAGUUCAGAAAAUGGGCUUUGCUUUCCUCUUUGCAACUACCAGCUUUGAUGCAAAUCCUGAGGUAAUGCAAGAACUCUUACUAAAAGUGCAAAACAACCAUGUUGUAAUUUUUUUAGCUUCAGAGAGGAUUCUUUUUUAUUGAAGGAAUGGUGAUUGUGCCACUCAUUUUAGUAAGUAUCUUAUAUAACAGAUGACAUUCAGCUGGACUGGCAGAGACACAUUUUCAUCCUUUGAUGCCAUUUCUAACAGAUUCCCUAGUUGAAAUGGAAAAUUUUGCUUCUUCAUCUUCUUUUAUACAUACACAGGAACUUGAAUAGAGAGGGAUGGAAGUCCUGCAUUAUUUUAAUGCAUUGGAAUAUGCAAAUAUACUUCCUUUUUUGUUGUUGUUGAACUUCCUGUUUAUUCUGCCAAUACAUGUUAGAAUUUGAACGGGUCCUCCUAAGAAUGCUUAUUGAAGCAGGGUUCCCAGCUUGCUGCAGAGGGAGACUUAGGCUCAGUUAGAACACCUAGACUGGCCAAUAUUGAAACAGCUGCCUUUGCAACUUGUUUCAGGAUAAAUAAAUCUCUGCACCCUUACCAAGCUAUUGGCAAAAUGAGAGCUUAAAUGUGUUUUGAUGUAGGUUAUUGAUACACAGACACAGAGAUAUUGUAAUGAACUUAUGCUGGGGUUUAGUAAACAUGUAGUUGUGUUGCAGAACUCUUUGCUGUCUUUGUUAAAUCGUAGCUAUCAGUGUAAAAUUGGUUAUCCUGUACAUCACAUCUGAAUUUCAUACUUUAUACCAGCAUGGUUUGAGAAAUGUUUAGAAUGUGGUUUUCACAGGGACUGAGAAGAUGUGUACUAGGGAAUGUUCUUAAUGAAAGGGAACCAUUAAGGGUGUUGUGAAAAUAAUAUUCAUUUAGCAUAUGAGAAGUAACAGUAACUAUUUUAUUAAGCAUAAUAAAAAAUGUGGAGUAGGAGGAGAGUAAUUUUUGGAGCAAAACUUAAUGUUGUGAGGAAGUGAGUGCAUCCUGGGUCAUUUUGCCAAUGAAACUCUAUAACAAUGUAAACAUAAAACAUCAGCUUGAAACACUUAAUCUAAAAUGUCAGGCAUUUCUCCUUUAAAGCUCUGUCUUGCCUACUUUUGAAAAAGUAGAGUUAAGCAGUUUAAAAUUUUGUUUCUUAUGAUAUAAAAAUAUGUAAGGACUUUCUGUUAAUAUCACACUAAAAUCUUCAGAAAAUUUUGUUGUUUACAAGAGAAAACAACUUUGUGAUGUAUUUCUCUCUCAUAUUAGGAAAAAACCCACAUCUGCCCAUAAAAUUUACAGUUUUCCAAAGGAUAUAGGAAAGUUAUAAAAAAAAAAAAAAAGGAGGAGGGGUGAGAAACAAGCAUUCAAAUUUCCAUGGAAGCUCUGUGUUUAUGUAAAGUACAGCAGCUGGCACUGCAAAUUCCCCUCUCUGGAUGACCUCAGUUCUGAACAAGACAGACUGUUCUGGGUGCAGGUGUGAUUACUGAAUUAUUUGUUCUGUUUUAGUGUCAGUCAGUUACAGAGAAGUAUUAUGGGUAAAAUUUGUAUCCACUGAAUAAAGUGAAUUGGUAGAUUUGGUAUUCCACAGUUCACUAUGUGCCUUCCUGCUACUGGAAAAAUAGUUUAUUUUAUUCUCUUGAAUUACAUUAGUUAAAUAGGACAGACAAGAGGAAGGGACUCCAACAACAACCUCUGAAUACAUAAGGCAGGCAGAAGGCAGGAUUGCACUGAAGAUAGUGCUGGACAUAAAAGACAGUUUUGACAGCUGAAUUAGGAUAUUUUUAAAGAGGUUUGUAUAUGUAGAUGGAAUUGAGAAUUUAAAUUUUCUUCUCCAUGCUUCUUGAGAAAUAGAGCUGUGAGAAAUACCCACUUCUAACCCAUGCAUCCAGUCAUCCUUGGUUUGAAUGUGAACCUGCCAGUAGUUUUCCAACCUACAUCAGAUAAGACUGGUCUUUGCCAGGUGUCUGUACCUAUUUAUGUUCUGUGUGCAUUUUAUCUCUUACUGGUUUAGGCAGUUUUAAAGGAAAAUACUUUUCUUUCAUCAGUGUUUGGUGUAGAGUGCUAGAGAAAAGGACUUAUGUACUGAACCGUGGCUGCUUUUCUCCACUUUUCCACAUGUCUCCAACCAGGCAGGUACUGUCAGAGUGGGGAACCUGGGUUCCUGAACACCUGAUGUGCAGCAAGUCAGUGUUUCAGGGUCUUGGAAGAACCAGCACAGAUCUAGAACCCACAAAAGUGAGUCCUUGUAGAAAGAUGAGUGUAGUUUCCUCCAAAUAAUUAACAAAUCCAGCCUCUGCUUUGAUAGCCAUGUAAGAGAGCUGUUCACUGUAGACUUCAGCAGCCAAGGCAAACUUGCACUUGUAGGAGGUUCUUGCUUUUGUUGCUGAAAGGGCAAUAAAAGGACAUGGCACUUCAGGUGAGUGGUAGUCCUGGAAGGGUUGAGGAGUGAUGGCGAUGGUGUCUUUAUGUAUCCACUGUUCUGAUCCUUCUCUCUUCAAACAUGGUCCUGACAGCACUGGCUUCGCGUAAGGCACAGAGCAUUAGUACAGAAAUAUGUGUGAGAAUUUGGAAACAUUUUUUUAAAAGGAAAGGGGAUUAAGAUUCCUAUCUUAAAACAAGGUACUAAUAAAAAACAAGGUACUCAUAAACACUUAUGUGUUGUGUUUAAUAAGCUUGCAUUAUGCUGUGUGCUUUAAGUAAAAAAUAGAUGGAAAAUGGAAGGAUGUUUGCUGAGACUGAUUGUAAAUACUCAUCUUGUUUCUGAUCCAGUGCAGCUUCUUUAAAUGAUCUGGCUCUAAUUGAAGACAUAUAGGGAAACAGAUCAGAUGUCUCUGAGGAUUAACAAAGGUAUUAGGUGAGUAGUGAAUGAUAAACAGGUCAAAGGAAUGUGUAAUCAGUGCAGUCGCACUAUAGCAUGAUUCUCCUGAGCAUGACAAUUGCCUAUUUUUCUUUUAAACCAUCUGAAGCAGAUAGAUCUUUCUCAUGAAAUUGGUAAUGCUUUCAUGGUAGGACUUGGAAAUGCAUCAACAUUUCUAAUGGUGGGAAGUGGAAGCAGUGGAAGAGGGGUUUGGCAGGGUCAAGGACAGCUCGAGCGCCACCCACUGCUGUUGGUGUUGGGAGUAGUGAGACACUGUGGUGGUAAACAGCUGGGAUUUCUCUGAGUCAUUCAUUCUCCCUUCCCACCUCAUUGCUCUGUCUACCUGCGGGGGUGGCCAGGUGCGUUUCUAGGCAAGGAAAUAAUUAAAAUUGAUGUUACAUCUCACAGUCAUGUUAGGGGGGAGAGGGGACAUGAUUGCACCUUUUUCUUACCUGUUUUGGAGCCUUUGUGCACUCACCUGCGUGUUGCAUGUGACCAUCAGUAAAAAGGGCAGGGGACCAACACAGCUUGUAUCUUCAGUGUCACCUGUCUGUGAUAUGCCAGGCACUAGGCUGCACAUCCCUAUUAAGGUGCAGGAAGGGUCUUUUUCAGAAACAGAACUGUGAAUAUCUUUGUAUUGUGUUCAUCUGCCCAUCUGCUUUCGGGGGGGGGGUGGAUGGUGGUUUUAGGUCGAUAGCAGUUGAUCUGAUUAAAGGUAUAAUGAUUAGGGGUGAUACAACUGGGGACAUGUCAACUUCAGCAGGUAACAUGGCUUGUGCUUGAAUCAAUUCUGCUUCCUGCUGAGAAAAACUGGUGGAAUAAUAGAGUGUCAAGGCUGGGUGUCUUGGAGCUUGAUGAAGGUCACAAGUCAGGAGUUCAUAGUAUGCUCACUGUCCUGCACUAACAACUUGUCUGUUAACACCAGGGUUGGACAUUUUGCUUCAGAAAAGGCACCUCCAUGUAGAAACUUAUGGCAAGGUUGCUACCUCAGCAUGAGGCUACCAUAACCUAGAAUAGUAUUUUGUGUAUGUGUUCUUUUGUUAGAUGGUGUAAGGUAGAGCAGAGAGUCAUCCUGCUUCUUUUAACAAUAAAAUCUGACACACCUGAGCCCAGGGAGGCCAGCUGGAAAAAUAUAUUGACAACCCCUAGUAAGUGAGGUAGCACCAUGUAGCAUUUAAACAAAUUAUAUAUAACUUGAGAUAAAUAAGAGUUGUUUCUUUGUGAUCUUUGAACUUGUUUGCAUGAUUCUCAUUUGUUCUUUCAGGUAAGACAGUGAAGUCUUUAACUGCUCCAGAAGAAGAGGGUCUGGAAAGAAAAUGUCUCUGGCAAAAAAGUAUCAGGCACAUGAUACUGCAGAGAUUCAAAAUCAGAAGUAAAUCAGUUGGACAGUUGCCUCCUGCCUUCCUAAAUAGGCAAACAUAUUAGCAACAGAAGAAGGGGCCUACCUACCUCAUUCCUGGAGAAGGUGGGUUUGCUAGUUUGGAUGCCUGCCUUGUUUGCUUCACCAAAAUGAGUUAGGGCAUGCAGGAGAGAAGGGAGACUUUUGCAAGCAGAACCUAUCAUGGUUUCUCAGGGGACAAAAUUUUGCUUAUUCAUACCUUCUACUGUGGCAAAAAUGGAUUCUUUUCCUCAGCAAAAACCAGCGGCAUAACACCCAUCCAACACCUGCCUCAAGGAACUCUUAUUUAAAGUCUCUUUUUAUUUCCCUGUAGCUGUGGUGCAAGCAAGAGCCAACCAACAUCAUCUGCUACCAAUAGAAAAUCUCCAUGCCAGACCUUACCCUUGGCACGAGAUGGAGACCUUUUAGCCAGCCAGCGAGUCCAACUGCUGCUGCAUGUCUGGCAGCACCUCUGAAUGAUCACAUGACUCUUGAUAUGGAUGCAGUCCUGUCAGACUUUGUUCGGUCUACGGGGGCAGAACCAGGUCUGGCAAGAGACUUACUAGAAGGCAAGAACUGGGACCUGACAGCAGCUUUGAAUGACUAUGAGCAGCUGCGGCAGGUGCACACGGCCAACCUGCCCCAGGUGUUCAACGAGGGCAGGUUUUACAAGCAACAGGAGCCAGAGCAGCCUCCCCAGGUGACCAAGGCUGAGAGGCCCUGCCUGCAAAGGCAGGAUGACAUCGCCCAAGAAAAACGUCUUUCCAGAGGGAUUUCCCAUGCCAGCUCAGCCAUAGUCUCCCUUGCUCGCUCACAUGUAGCAAAUGACUGCAGCAAUGAGCAGUUCCCUUUGGAGAUGCCCAUCUACACAUUCCAGCUGCCAGACCUGAGCGUGUACAGUGAGGACUUCAGGAGCUUCAUCGAGAGGGACUUAAUUGAGCAGGCCACCAUGGUGGCAUUGGAGCAAGCAGGACGCCUCAAUUGGUGGUCCACCGUGUGCACCAGCUGCAAGCGCCUGCUGCCCCUGGCCACAACGGGUGAUGGAAACUGCCUCCUGCAUGCUGCCUCUCUAGGGAUGUGGGGAUUUCACGACCGGGACCUUGUGUUACGGAAAGCCCUCUAUACUAUGAUGAGAAGUGGAGCUGAAAGGGAAGCACUGAAAAGAAGAUGGAGAUGGCAACAGACUCAGCAGAAUAAGGAGUCAGGUUUGGUAUACACGGAGGAGGAGUGGGAGCGCGAGUGGAACGAGCUGCUCAAGCUGGCAUCGAGCGAGCCACGCACACACUUCAGCAAGAAUGGGGGCACUGGUGGGGGGGUGGACAAUGCAGAAGAUCCAGUGUAUGAGAGCUUGGAAGAAUUCCAUGUUUUUGUCUUAGCCCAUAUCUUGAGAAGACCUAUUGUUGUAGUAGCAGACACAAUGUUACGAGACUCAGGGGGAGAAGCAUUUGCACCGAUACCAUUUGGAGGAAUUUAUUUGCCACUUGAAGUUCUGCCAAACAGAUGCCAUUGCUCACCUCUUGUGCUAGCCUAUGAUCAGGCCCAUUUCUCUGCUCUUGUCUCCAUGGAACAAAAAGACCAACAGAGAGAGCAAGCGGUGAUCCCCCUGACUGACUCUGAACACAAGUUACUGCCUUUGCACUUUGCAGUCGAUCCUGGGAAAGACUGGGAGUGGGGAAAAGAUGACAAUGAUAACACCAGACUGGCCAAUUUGAUUCUGUCUCUUGAGGCAAAGCUUAAUCUUCUGCACAGCUACAUGAAUGUAACCUGGAUCCGCAUUCCCUCUGAGACACGGCAGGCCCCUUUGGCUCAACCAGAAUCCCCUACAGCUUCUGCUGGAGAAGACGUGCAGUCUCUGGCUGACUCCAUGGACUCAGACCGAGAUUCCAUCUGUAGUAAUUCCAAUGGCAAUAACGGCAAAAACGGUAAAGAAAAAGAAAAGGACAAACAAAGGAAAGAUAAAGACAAAACCAGGACGGAUUCGGUUGCCAAUAAAAUAGGAAGCCUCAGUAAAACCCUGGGAAUUAAACUGAAAAAAAACAUGGGUGGUCUUGGAGGUCUGGUGCACGGGAAGAUGAGCAGAGCCAAUUCAGGGAAUGGAAAAAAUGGUGACACAGUAGAGAAAGUCAAAGAGAAGAAGUCCAAGUCUCGCAAAGGGAGCAAAGAGGAAUCUGGACAGUCUGCGAGCACGUCUCCAUCUGAAAAGACCACUCCAUCUCCAACUGACAGAGCCAGCAGCUCCCCCACUGAAAAGGUGAACACUAAACCCUUCUCUGACAAGCAAUCUGACCCAUGGAAGUACAGCACAGACGUGAAACUCAGCCUAAAUAUUUUGAGAGCUGCCAUGCAAGGUGAACGAAAGUUUAUUUUUGCUGGCCUUCUUUUGACCAGUCACAGGCAUCAGUUCCACGAGGAGAUGAUUGGCUAUUACCUGACCAGUGCCCAGGAGCGUUUCAAUGCAGAACAGGAACAGAAAAGAAAGGAAGCUGAGAAAAAGGCUGCGCUGAAUGGUUCCUCUAGUAGGAAACUGGAGCCAGAGGCAUUUUCAAAAGAAAAAUUAGAACCAUCUCCUCAGGAUAGGGCAUCACCCAUCUUACCUCAAAGCCAUACAACCCAACUGGUUUUAAAAUUUAAAGACCGCACUAGUCCCACUCCCGGGUCCUUUUCUUCACCCAGCAACGGUGCCAAGAAAAGCGGCCCCAUCCCGGUGUCUGCCCACUAUAGCCAUACCCCCCCCGUUCAAAGGCAAAGUGUCAUCCAUUUGCAUGACAUCAACUCCAAGCCAUCAAGCUUCCAGGAUGAUACCUACAAGCCAGUGGUUGGCACCCUGAAAACCUGUGCCACCUACCCACAGCAGAACAGAUCGCUGUCCUCGCAGAGCUACAGCCCCGCACGGCUGCCCGGGAUGCGCACAGUGAACACAGUGGAGUCACUGAGCUACGCUAGGCCCGCUGAACACAAGUCCCAGACCUACACAAAUGGCUUCAACACUGGGGACAUCAGAGACUGCUUGGAGUAUGCUGACGAGGAUGCUCCUCAGAGCUGGCUGAACAACAACAAAAACCAAGGCAGAAGCACAGUUUGCCCAAUCUAUUCCAUCCAGCAGAACCGCUGUAAGAAGGAGAACUGUUCCUUUUAUGGUCGUCCUGAGACUGAAAAUUACUGUUCCUACUGCUACAAGGAGGAGUUAAAGCGCAGGGAGAGGGACAGCAAGGGACACAGGCAUUGAGGAUUCUUCCAUUACUUAGUUUUACCAUUUUCUUACUUACAAAGUAAACAGUGUUGGAUUGCAGUAAAAGGAAUCCUUAAAGAAUAAAGGAUUGAUGAGUAAAUAGUGUCUAGCUCUUCGCUUUUCUGGGGCAAUGAGGAAAUAAUAGGAAUAAUUGAUCAUAAAAUAAUAUUCCAUUUUGUCAGUGUCUUUUUUACAUGUACUGGUAAGCUGAAGGGUUGUUUACUCCUUUGUCAGUGCUGUGUAUAUGUUUGGUCAAAAAUUUACUAAUGGUGCCUGAAUUUACACUGACAUCACUCAGGUAGUAGAAUGAUAGGAGAACGUCAUACUAGUGAAGAUGUGGUGUUGUAGUAGGGUAGUAUCUGCCUUGCAGACAUUUGAAAUGAUACAGCUAUAGAGUAUUUUUUCCUCAGUAAAGCCUAAAUUUUUCAUAGCCUUUUUUUCCAGGAGGGUAGUGAUUUUGCAUACUGCACAUUUUUACCAUGUCAGCAUAUUGCAUUGCUACUAACGUUUGUAUAUUUCAGUCUGAAAUUGAAUGAUUCUGGAAAAAUGGGAGUGAAAGGUCUGAAUUCAUGAGGGCUAUAGGUUGUCUUAAUUUUCAGUUCUUACCAAUUAUUUCUAAAUUUUCAUUGAAAAAAAAAAGGUAGAUUUGAGCCACUUUUAUUUGCACUGAGUUUUUAAAGAUUUUUUAUAAGAAAAUUCAAUAUGCCUUCAUGUCCCCAAGCCCCCACACAGUAUAGUUCUGCACACCUGAAUUUCAGAAAUAUUUCUGUUGAUGUUAAAAUGCAGAGAAAUACUACAGUAAAAUUAAAAUAUUCUUAAAAAUUACUAGAUAUGGAAAAUUUGAUAACCACCUAGGAAAUUUAGGAUCAUUUUAGACUCCAACUCAUGCCAAAACCAAUGCAAUGCAUCAAUUUAUUGCCUUAGCUAGUGCAUGAACCUAAUCAUUAUUUACUUGUUCCUUCUGAACAUUAUUAAGUGAUAAUUAUUGGAAAUGUAACUACUUGAGCCUUUCUUGAAGACUGUUGGCUCCUCCUUUUCAAGUCUCCUAGAGUGAGUCAUCUCUCCCCCCCCCCCCCCCGGGAGGCUCCCAGAUGGCUGCAAAAUGCCUCCAGCAGGAAUGGCAGCUCCUAGAACAGAUUUGCACGAGCCUGAGAUCCAAAUAUUUACGUACGUGUUUGCAAUACUUCUGAAAAUAAAACUUCGCUCACAGAAGCAUUUCUGCAAAGCAGACACUGCAGAUAUUGUUGAAGUAGAUGGAUGGCAUGAGGAAGUUUUCUGUGAUACAGCUCUGGGUUUGCACCCCUCCACCAUCAGCUGGCAGAACGUAGAACAGGAGCUCUUUGUUGUUACCCUUGUGAACAAUGGCUCAUUUUAAGAGCCAAUUUUGCAUAACAGGUGAAAGUAUUGCCUUCAGGGCUGCUGACUCUGCCACCUCAAGGUGCAGAACAGUUCUGCCUUCCUCAUUAGGGAAUAACACUUUUCUGGCCCACACAGGAAAGAUUCUUUGCCAAAGAGUCUCCAUUUCUGAUUAUUUGCUUGCUGCAGCCCAAUUUUAAUUCUUGUCAAGAGGGGCACCAUUGCAUACAGUUAAUCCUAAUUAACUCUGAAACCAAGCCUAAAGUCCCCUGUGAAACAAGAUGCACAAACUUCUGCUGCUGUGUCCUGGCUUUCAGAAAAAGCAUGUGAGCUUUUCCAAUGUCCCAGAUUGGUAGAACUGAGAACUUACUUAAAAUUGACCCUAUUUUUAGAUUUUCUGCUGAAUGGGAGGCUUCAAAAUAAGUCCCUUGGGUCCCUUGUAUAAAAAGUUAGGGUCUUUGCCAUGUUAGCUGUUCCAAGAAUCCAGACCUGUACUUUGUAUUUCUUGCUGUAUGCUAAGCAUACACUGAAUCUUACUGAACUUGCAUUCCUUCAUGAAAGGGAAAUGUUGGUAUUUGUUAAAGCUCUGUGUGACUUCUGUCCUUAAGGUAAGCACCUUCCAAAUCCCAUGCCUCCUGCUGCAUACACUGGUAAGCAGUGUCCUGUUUUGCUUUGCUGUUGUGAUUAUUACAUUUAAGUUCUAAUUGUCAAAGAAAACUGGGAUUGCAAAUUAUUCUAAAACAAGCCAGACCAUGUUAAAAAAAUUCAAUAUUAUACUUGAUUGUAUUUACUGCUGAGACUGAGAAAACUGGCAGGAUAAAACUUCAAGAAAACCAGAAAUAUUUAAGAAUUCUUAGGGCAUUAGAGUAGCAGUACUGUGUGAUACACUAAGAAUCAUUUCUGUGUAAAGUUGUGCUUAAGAAUUAUUACAUUAGCAGCAAUCCACACCAGCCCAUGUGUUUAAGUGAGUUACAUCCAUUCUGAAUGAGGAAAAAAAGCAGUACAUAUGUAAAAAUAAGCAAUUACCAUGGGAUUUUUCUGUUUCCCAUUUUCAUAGGAUUUGUUUCUAUAGUAUGUUUUUAAGAUCUUCUCAUAAAAGAAAGAGAUGUACAACUGGUCAGCAUUUAGGUAAAUUUGUUCUGAAUAAUUGAAUACAUUGUACUCGUGUGUUAGAUUAUUUUGAAAAGUUAGUUGGUCUUGUCUAUAUAGGAUACCAAACCUGAGUGUUCAUUAUCAUCCUCAGGACACUCAGAUAUUUCCACGAAUAUUUACCUCUACAGGAUUGGUCACUUUAAAAUAUCUGUUGUAUGAAAUACUGACAGAGCGCUUUUUAGUUGUGCCUAUUACCUUAGAAUCUUAUUGUUGGGAUAUCUUUGAAUAAUUUUCUAAUUGCUGUUUUCUUUUAGAAUUCUCUUCAAACAUUCUUUCUAUUUCUGGGCUGUUUGUGGCAGCUGUGCCAUAGCUGUCAUUAAACAGACCAAACAUGUGGAAACUGUGCCCCCCUCCUGAAGAAGUGUUCCAUUAAAAGAAGACUUGUAACUAUAGAAGCAAAUUUUCUACCUAUUUUUUUAGAGAGAAUUCCCAACUGUUCGUGAGUUGCAUUCACCAGCAUUGAAAGACAUUGUGCCAUUCCUUAUCUACAUGCUAGAGGUAAUUACCUUCAGAUGUAUUUUUCUGUUGUACUGUAUGCUAACCUUUCAGUGCUCUUUUGGGUUAUUUUUCCUGACAAUUGGAAGUGUUUGCAGUCCGCAGGCCAGCCAGCUCUGUACCUGAUCUGCUCUCCCUACACCCUCCAGAGCUGUAGAGUUCCCACAUAGUCCCAGAUGUGGAGAAAUCAGUUUUGCUUUGGAGGAACCCUACUCAUUCCUUCUGUUAGCUCGAGUGGCUGCAAUGCAUACACGUAUUUUUGCAUUUAUAUAUGCUUUUUUCCCCUCUCUCUUCUUGAUAGUGAUUCAGCAUUUGUCACUGUAGUCCAGAUUUCAGAAGUACAAAGUAAAUACUGGGUAAGCUGCACCUUCCCAGACGGAUCACCAGGAGAUACUUAGGUUGGAGAAAGCUGGAAUUCUUUUAAAGUGUGAAUGUGCAAUUUUUUCUAAUUUGAAAAAGGCUAUUAUGGAAACCAAACCUAUUAUGGAAUUUUUUUUUUACUUUUUUCUAAACUCUGAUGCAAAGGUCUGUUUGUAACAGAGGAUACCUGUGAUACAUAAUGGGUUUCAGUCAUGCUUUAUAUUAAAGUUUCAUUUAAAAUUAUUUAUACAGAGUUAAUAAACCACUGUUAGAGUUUACUAAUAUAUUUUCAAAAGUGGGUAUCAGUUGUAGCAUAUGGCUAACAAGCAGCUCAUUCAGAAGCAGGUUUUGUAGAUCAUCAAAAGUAACUUCAGAUUUUGGAUUUUAAAACAAUUGGUGAACCUUUUGUUCUAUAAAUACAAUGGCAAUAUUGUCCCAGCUUUCUUUAGCAAUUAGUUGCUUCUUCCUAAAUCAAAGGUGACAUGAGGAGCGUCAGUAAAAGAAAGGUGCUGUACUUGAAAACUUUGUGUUGCUUGUAUCCUAAGAAGUCUAAGCAGGCCAAAUGGAGUGUUCAGGGUGUUUGUGGGGCUGGGAGCUGAGGUGUGAGCAGUGGAGCGUGGCCCAGAGGGCACUGAGGAUGCUGCCCAGGACCUGUCACAGCCGGCUGAAGGGCCCAGAGGGCCGCCCCUCGCACGGGAGCAUCUGCUCGGGUGGUGAAUGUGUAGGUAUCAAAACAUGCACAGCACAGAGCUGACAAACACUGCCCUCCACCUCCCCACUCUGACACAGCUACUUUGGUGCUCAUCUUCACCAAUGGGACUGGUCUCCCUGACAGCACGGAGACUGCUUGUCUUCAGAAACUCUCAGCAAGUGUUACAGAAGAAAUAUUUUUGAUGGAGGCCUGAGCAGUGCCUGUUCCCCACAGGCUGUCUACCUUAUUCUUCCAAGGAGACAGUGGAUGAGAAUUCUGCCUGAGGAGUAGAGAGAAGCCUUAGGUCUCUUUGGGCUACCUUUGCUGCCCUCUGCAUUGUGGGGACAGAAUCCCAUUAGCAGUGGGGGCCUUAGACCAGGUGCUUCAUUGACAGGUAAAACAUUGCAAUCUGGCUAGUAAGGGAGUAAAGUCUUCAUAGCACUGUGAGUGUUUUGCACAGGUGAAAAACCCACAUGUUCAUAGAAACCACAAUGAUCUCAGAUAAACAUAGGUCCAGAGAAGCAAAAUAGCUGAUGCUGAUUGUAGAUGGCUUUUUAGCUUAGUGUAUUUUAAGUCUCUGUCAGUGUAUUUGAAGAAUAUUCAUUUUAAGGAAUGGCAGCUUAUGUGGAGGAUCACCAAACUAUAGCAUAGAAAUGAAAUUAUUUCAGUAACAGACACUAAUAUCUAUUUUAAUUUGCACAUGGAUUUCCAGUGUAUAUGACUAAAAUAUUACAUUGUUAAAAAUGAGAGGAAAACAACACAAAGGUGUUUGUAAGUAGGUUCUAUUUCUAGACUUAAGGCUGUAUUAUGUUGGAAUUUUACAAGCCAAGUUUAAAUUGUAAUAUAGAAAUUAUUUUUAUAUUAUUUUCAAAAUAUGCUACAGAGCAAUAUUUUGCGCCUUUAUUAUAAACAGGGUCAUCAUUUUAGUAGGUUACUUUCAGAAAUGCUGGUAGAAAUUAACCAUGAAAAGAAAGCUUUGUAAAUGUACUUGUUGUUUCUAACUGCUCUGUCUGUUGUGCACAUCUGUAUCUAAUAUGAGCUGAAUAUACAAUUUUUUUUUAAUUGAAAAGCUUUAAAUUUUUCUUUAUAUAUUUUGGUACAACACUGUUCCUCUCUAUUUAAUUCUCUUCCAGUCCUAAACAAUAGCCACUUUUAUAAGCAGCUUCUGAAUAAACAUGAAUUUUCCAGAAAAUUUCAUUACCAAACGAAACAUUUCUGCACAUAUAUUGAUUGACUUGGAACAUUCACAAUACACCCUGAACCCAUUGGAGUAUGAUUCAUUUGUUAGUUUUUUUUUUUUUUAAAGAUAAUCAGCUAUUUAUUAUUCCUUCAGUAUGAAAAUCAAGAAUGAAUGCAACCAUUUAGCAUCUAGAGUAAGAAAAUCACUCUAGAUCAUGGAAAUGCCAUCCCUAAUUGGCAGAUACAUCCUCCUAAUAUGUAUCAAGUAUGCAUUAGCUUCUUGCAGAUUGAAGUGUUCAGAUUUUAUUUCUUCAUAGUUCUUUGUAUUGUACAUACCAAUUACUGAUGAACUGUGCAAAGAAAAAGACUUCACAAACUAAUGCAUAUGUUAAAUUAGAAGUCUGUGUCGUUUUUAAAAUCCCCUAACUUUUGUGGUUUAGUUUGUUGGGAUUUGUUUGUUUAAGAAUUACUAUUAAGGUAUUUACUGCAACCAAAAUUUUCAAACCUGGAUACCUAAUGAUUGUGCAUCUGGGUUUCUCUUGAUCAACAGACUGGUUUAAAGGUGUACUGAGCAUCAGUUUGUGUGGGAAGAAAAGCUCCCUCUUGGUUUCAGAAAAUCAAUUGAGUGUUACUCCAACACAUAUUCAGGUCUCUUCUUUAUUAACACUCUACGCUUCUUUUCAGUCAGUGGAAUUUACAUUUUAUCUUUAGCACUCUUCCAUGUGGGAACAAAUAAUUGGGCUUAUUCAUAAAGUGAAUGUUUGAGUAUGGAGAGACUUGCCUUGUACCAAAACACCACAUAAUUGUUUAACUGUUGCAUUCGUAAUGGAGCUCUUGUAUUCCAUUGCAGGGGUGGGGAAAUAAGACCUUAUUUUUUACCUUGGCUAUUGUGAUCCUGUUAUUUGUCUGGUUGGAUUAUUGCUCUGAAGUGAAUAUGCUGUUCUGAUUGCUGUUUUCUGAUGGUUUAUCUCCUGUUACCUGAAUGCCUAUACUGUACCAAGAGAAUUGAAAUGGCUGAUGCACAUUUGCACUGUGGAACAGGCCAUGUGGGUUAAAGCCACCGUGUUCCAAACAGCCUUAAAAUUAUGACUCUCUAGGGACUGAGAGUCACUUAACUGGAUGCAGCCUCUGUCCUACUUCCUCAUUUAACCAUGACUGUAAAACUUUCAAGCCUGCUGUAGUCUGUGUGUCUCCAGACAUAGUCAUCUGAAUACCCUGUUAUCUUAACAGAAAAUUUUCUCUAAAAAAUUGUGCUUCUUUGAUGAGUGUUAAUGUGUCAGGAAACCUUAGUCAAAAGAGGAGAUGGAGUAAAACCAGGGAAAUUAUCGUAUCAAAUUCUAGUGGCAGAAUCAUCUGAGAUUGCAAAAAUAUGAUCCAAUGUUGUAACUAAACAGUGCCUAACUCUUAUGUGCAUUCUGUAUUUAAUUUCCAUUUUGCCCCUUUCAAACACCAUUUCUUUAGAAAAAGAAGGAUGGGGAAGUUAAGAGACUAAGCUUGUAUGUUAAUGAUCCAGUUCUUCCUUUUUUCACAUGAGGAAUCUAUAUAAACAUGAAAUGAUUUACACUUCAGUUGCACUUCCCCUGCUGAGAGGUAAAAGCCAGCUUUAUAGGUAAAUUCCAUGUAAUUGCUUUGCCAUUGAGUAAAAUGGAACCUUUGCCUGAGGAAGGCUGAUAGCAUGUCAGCAGCCUGAGAACCAUGGCUGCUGUAGCUGAAACAGCAGGUUUUGAUCAUUCUUGCCUUUAACACAGGUGCAGUUCACUCUGGCCCAUGGUGUCUGAACAGUAUCUUUGUAGUAAAGAUGAAGUGGAACACUGCCUUGCUGCCAUUUGCUUCCAGGUUUGAGUAACAAAAAGCCUCUUCCCCAUGCUUUGGUUAAAAUAUGCAGGAGAUGCAGCAGCAGAAUGUGGCAUCUCAGGCUCAGAGAACGCCCCACAUCUCCUUUAAAUGGGCUUUGCAAUCAGGUAUGAAUUGAAACAUAGCCAUGUGGGCGUCACAGAAGCGCUCUCAUCUCUCAAUUUUGAAAUUUUGUGCACUUUUAAUACUAACAAAAAUGAAGCAAUGGUUUUAUUGUUUAUUUGCUCAAGAUUCUGAGUACUGUAAAUACAGUCUUUGUACAAUGCACAGUGUGUGUACAGUACAGAAAUGUUUUUCCCCUCAGAGCUGCCAGAGAGCUUUGCAUGCACAUGGUGCCCAACUCUGCCCACUCACAAUAACCAAGGGGAACAAACAGGAUUUAGGCCUAGACUAAAUAAUGGAUGAAAUUAGCCACGUAGACCUAAACAGCUGUGAGUUCCCAACCAUGGUGUUCUAGGCCAGCUUUGACAGCUUUGUACAAAACUCCAUCCCAAUGACUGAGAUUAGGUUUGUGCUCUUUCCUGGAGAGGAGCAAUUACUUCUGUGUCUUUUCCAAGCCCAUUGCUCUUAGUCUCUAACUCCUGGGUUUGUAAUGUGCCAGGCUUAGCAUGAUUGAGCUAGGAAGCAGUUUUUAAAAUCUCCAUAGAGCUCUUGUUUUCUUUUUGGAAUCCAUCUUUUUACUUGGCAUUCAGUUUUAAGACAUAAAAUAUUGUUAUGAACUUUUCAUAAUGCCUUGAAUUUGUCUCUUGUGGGGCUGAAAGACUUUGUUCUCCUUGGGAGGCCUAGUUCUUCCUCACUGGUUCUUGUGACUAACACUUUUGUAUGGAAAAAGUUGAAUGAACCAUUGAAAGUAUCUCUGCUGUUUACAUGUACUUCUGCCAUUUGGUACACUUUGUGUAGUUAAAACCCAAUGCCUCUCAGACAAAGCUUGAAGGACAGUUUGAAGUAUUAGAUACAAAAGGUAUAUGUAGUUAAUUCAUCAGAACUCUAUUGUUGCUAUCGUAUAAUAUAUCACCCCCCGCAAUUGUUUAUACAUCUUUUUUCCUAUUGCUAACUUUUUUUUUAAUCUUCUACUUUCUUAGACAAAUUCUAAAGCUCUUUGUCCUUAAAGCCUGUGAUAGAUUUUCCAAUAAAGAAGAUUUGGCUUUUGCAGUUCAGGUUGCAUAUAGAGUGGCUUGUGUCCCAAACAAGAAUUAAAGUAACAGAUGUUGCACCCUUGGCUUAAAGAAGCAUAUUUACUCAUUAACUGAGAGUCUCUGUUCAAUUAUAACCAAAGCUAAUUAUAUAAAGUUUAAAGUGUCAGGACUGGUAAUGUGACUCCAUCUAAUAACCUGGCCUACUCAGCAUUUUUAACCCAUAGAAAUGUGCAAUAAAUGUAUUUGUAAUUGAAGUCUAUUUCAAAGAAAGUAGCUGGCUCUAACUGGGGCAUAAGAAAAUGUUAAUAAAGAAUAAAGUAAGUCUCAUUGACUUUGGUUGGCUGAAAAUUCAACUUCUUCUUAGUCUUAGCACUCUUCUCAUUUUUCAGAGUCUGAGUUUCUUGUUGCCUUCUAUAAGUUUAUACUCUUUUAGCAAAUAUUGACUUAAAUUUCUGUAAUUUCUAUGGCAUAGUUUAUUGAAAGCCUAUUUAUAGCUAAAAUCGCUCUUCAGAUUUUUUGUUUGAUCAUUUUCAUGCAAAAAUGAAUGAAUUUAUCUUUUCCCAUUUCCCCUCCAUAUUUAUAAUUUCAACACACACACUUGGUUGCAGUCACCUUUCUCUGCAAAAGAAAACAGUUGAUCAUUUUUAAGCUGACUGCCAUAUUGUUUGAAUCCACUGUCCCAAAGAAACAGGAGCAUUAAUUAACAUUCAAGAAUAAGAAAUAUUUCUUGUUGUGAAAAAUGUGAGUUCUUGAGAACCUUUUCUACAUGCAGUUUUCAUUCAAGUUAAAUGUCAUUUUUAAUCUGAUCCAUACUUUGACAAAGAUGAUGUGUAAGAGCUGUUUUUAGCAGUUGGAUUGUUACUUUGUAAAGUAUUAAAGCACUAAACCAAUUUUUGCAAUAGGUAGUAAAACUUGCUUUUGUUUUGAAAAACUUCCAGUUAUAACUGUUGCACUUUUUAUAGCAGAACUGUAUUUAAUUUCUUUCUUUUAUGAAAGAUUACUCAAAGUAACUGAUAGCUCUGUAAUCUGUGUGAAUUGGCUUCUCCAUUAUUUGAAUCUGAGAGAAGCUACAAUGACUAUUCAAUAAAAUUAACUUAUUUCUAAAGUA